AUGCCUCCCGUCAAGGCAGAGCCUUCUGCCGCCACAUCGGUGGGCAACAUCAAGUCCGAACAUGGUCGGGCCGCUGCUAACCAGCGAGGUCGCCCUGCCAACGGCAACAACCCUGCUGCCGGCCGAUCCAGCCUCAAGCCUGACGCCGACGAGGGCGAGGACAAGAAGAAUGCGCCUCCGCCGCCACCUACGACGUACCGUGACAUUCCGCUGCUCUCCACCGACUGCGGCCAGUGGCUCACGCACCUCAUGAAGUUUGCGCACCACACGCGCGUCGACCCCAACGACUCGGCGCAGUUCAUCCCGCCGCUCAAGCUCAACCGCAAGAAUCCGCCGCGGCUCAAGCUGCCCAGGCCCAACCCGGGCGAUCCCAUCACGGACAAGUACAACCGCCCCAUGAUGGGCAAGGACGGCCAGCCGCUCACAUGGCCUGCGCCCGACGACGAUCUGCAGCGCAUCGAGGAGGUCAUCCGGAAGGAGGUGGCAGCCAAGGGUCCCGGUGCAGACCAGAGCCUCAUCGCACCCGGCGGCAGCGCGCGUCCACCCAAGAGCAAGCUGUUCAAGAAAAAGGUGCGCGAGAUCCACAAGGCCGCCGACAGCGCGCGCAAGACCAUGAAGGAGGAACACUUCCCCUGGGUGCUCGAGGACUUUGAGACCUCCGACGAGUGGGAGAGCAUCCGCACGCCCAUCCCCACCGGUGCACGCGCGCUCCAGGAACACAUCGACGAGCUCAAGGCCAAACGCGACGGCAAGCAAGCCUCGGACUCGGAUGUCAAGAUGCACGAUUCCACGGGCGGCGCCGUCAAGAUCGAGGCGAGCGCCGCUGCUGCUUCGUCUUCGUCCUCAUCUACGUCGCACGCACCCUGGGUGGGAAAGCUCGAGGGCGAUUCCGGGUCGGAGGCGUCGUCGCUGCACGUGCUGUUCGUGUUUGACGAGCGCGACGCGGGUGGAUUCAAGGUGGUGCCGGUGUCGCGCAUGUACAAGUUCCUGCAGAAGCCCAAGCACUCUACGCUGACCAACGAGCAGGUGGAGCUGGAGUAUCAAAAGUACCAAAAGACCAAGGAGAUGGAUCGAUGGGCGCUGCGCAACAAGCCCGUCUCGGCGUCGGCGUCGACGUCCAAGCACGAAGACAGCGCGGCGUGGCGCAACUGGCCGCAGGUGAACCAGCUCACGCUGCCCACGGGUAUGUCGUUUUCCACCGGCCGCCGUCGCAAUCUCAUGGCGGUGCACGGCGGGGAGCUGUUGCGCGACGACGAUGACGACGACGGUGCUGGGUCGCGCCGACGCAAGCGCGACGACAGCCCGGGGGCCGGAUACGACGAGCUGGACUACGAGGAGGAGUUUGCGGACGACGACGAGGUGCACGAUCCCGAGGCGGAUGUGGCGGAGGACGAAGAGGCCAAGGAGCUCGAGGAGAGGCUGAAGCGCGAGAUGGCGCGUGCGAACCAUGCGGGCGAGGAAGAGGAAGAGGAGGUGGUGGGUGCGGCCGAGGAUGAGGAUCAGAUGCUGACGGGGAGUGGCAAGCAGAUGAUGAAGAUCAUGCGUGCGCUGGCGAAGCGCGAUGGCAACGAGGCGUACGACAAGGACGACGACGGACGCAAUCCGUAUGCGUCGGACGAUUCGGACGACGACGAGGAGUCGUAUGUGGCCAAUCCGGAAAAGGCGAUCCAGCUUGCGCGCGAGGAACGCGAACGCAAGGAGAAGGAAGCGGCCAAGAACAAAAAGUCGGCGCCCGGUACGGCGUCUGUCUCGGGAUCGAAUACGCCCACCGACCGGGUGGAGAAGAAGCCAGUGCAGCUUGGUGGUGCGCAAGCCUCUCGGCCUGGAGCAGGACACGCUAGUUUGGCACAGCGAGCUACAUCGCCCACACGCGGAGCGUCCAAGAUCGGCAGCAAGCAAGUGAGCCGCUCGUCGAGUCCGAGUCUGGUUCGCGGUUCGAGCCCUGGUCGGGCUGAAUCGCCGCCUGGCGACACUGCAUCUGCGGGCACCAAGCGUCGAGCCGACACGCAGUCGACACCCGCCACACCGUCGAGCACGGUUCGACCCGAAGCGAAGCGGGUGAAAACCGCAUCUCGAGCUGCAUCACCCACUGGAUCAGCUUCGGGUAGUAAGCCAGCUUCGCGCGCGGGGAGUCCUGGAGCCCCGCGUGUGCCUGCCAACGCGGUCGAGGCUGAAAUCAUCCAGCUCAUCCGCGAGGGUAAGAUCGCCAAUACGAGCGAGCUCGUGCAGCACUUCCGCAAGCGGCUCAAGUCGGAACCGCACAUCAAGGACCAACUCAGCGCCGCGGUGCGCAAAGUAGCCGUGAUGGACAAGACCACCAACCGACUCAAGCUCAAGGAUGGAUUCUAA